AUGAAAUGGGUCGCUGAGUCGUCUCCGGCGGCUGUCACCCGGCGGAGCGGAAAAAUGGCGACUUUGCAGUCUUUUGCGGCUGUCACCCGACGGAGAGGAGCUAGAUGGAGGUGGGGCGCGUGUCAAGGAGCUUCAUCCUCAGGUCCGCGCAGCAAGAGGAGGCUCUUCAUCGCAUCUGGUACGCUCUCAAGAGGUGGCGACUCGUCUCCCGGCGGAUCGUCCUCUUCCCGACGACGGCUUGUUCGUCGAUCAAUCGGAGAUGAUUUACUCGAUGGAUUCGCGAUCCUUUUAUCGCGAAUCGUUCAGCAACUUUAGUAGCAAUGCUCUGCGAAUCGCGUUGA